CAGGAUUGUUUGUACACGGAAGCAGGAACAGGUUGUCAACACCUCCUCCUUUUAUAUAUGUCAAUGCUCCAUAGCCAUAGUCCAGCCAACCUGUCAAUCUGCAUUUAUCAACGCGUAUUGUGACGCCAGCUCAAAGGACAGACAGGUUAAAUACAUUUGGUUUGUGUUUUUCUAUCUCUGUGCGGACACAAUGAGGACGGCUUUCCUGACACUCACAAUAUGUCUGUGUUUCUGCCUUGUCAGAGGGGCUCCAGUAAACGAAAGCAAACCAGAUCAGCUAGAUAGCAGUACCAGUCCACCGGCAGUCAGUGCAGGUGGGAAGCAAGACUUCUCUACUUCUAAUGAAACGGAAGGUGAACCUAAUGAAAAAGAAAUGGAGAAAACUGAUGGGAAUUCUACAGUAAAGCAUGACGGGGACAUCGUACCAGAUACUAAAGUCAAUAAAGGUCCGGGCGAAACUGGCAAACCAGAACAAAAAAAGAUAGAGCCGGAAGUCAGCAAGCAUGGGGUAGCAAAGACCCAAAGUCCGGAAAGUCCUGGGGGUGAAAGCGGCAACAAAACAAAAAACAUGACUGAUCCGGUGCCUGUUUUGCCGAGCAAUCCAAAAAGUACAUCUGACAAAGAGACGGAGAUUGGGAAAACCAAUGGUAAGGAGCCUGCAGGCAAACUGACAGCCGGCGCAGAGGCUGCAAAAGCAGAACCUACAGCUACCGCAUCGACACCUGCAGAGUCGGCAGGGAAAGACGAGGUGACAGAAGGAGACAACGACGACGAGGACGUGACAGAAGGAGACAACGCCAAGAAGGACAAGACAGAAGGAGACAACGACGACGAGGACGAGACAGGAGACAACGCCAAGAAGGACGGGACAGAAGGAGACAACGACGACGAGGACGAGACGGAAGGAGACAACGCCAAGGAGGACAACCUCAAAGAAGAGGACACCAGAAAUAGAGAAGCAGGAGGGAGAAACCCGUAUGACCCGUCUGAUUUAAAGAACGAGGCAGAAAGCAGUCACUUCUUUGCCUACCUGGUCUCUACGGCUGUGCUGGUAGCAGUCAUUUACAUCGCUUACCACAACAAGCGCAAGAUACUUGCUUUUCUUUUGGAGGGGAAGAAAUCCAAAUCCACACGUCGACCUAAAUCCACAGGAUACCAGAAGCUGGAGCAGCAUAUGUAAUCUCGACUCUGUCUUGAAGCCAUUGAGCCUCGCGCUGCUGAGCACACUGAGAGCUCGUGUGAGAAGAGAGUGAACGGAUACUGGCAUUAGAUAUUCCCCGGUGCACUCUGCGUUGAUUUCACCCUUUUUGCUAAACGGACAUUCUUCUAUUUUAUACCCGUAGAUGCUUACCAUAUGACUAUGCAGAUGACACUGUUGCCUUAUUGAGGGAACUAGUGAAAUGCAGUGAAGGUAAAAAUAAGCAUGCUGUUUUUGGCACUUGUGUCGUAAUUCCACUUUUAAGGCGAUCUUGUAAUUAGACCUGACUAAGGUCCGGACUCAGGAUAUUUCAGUAGCAGAUGAAAAUAAUAUAAGUGUUAGUACAGUACGUUUAGUGAUUGCACUGUGCACUAAAUAAGCCAUCUGAAUCUUUGUGUACAAUUACUUUGAGGUUGUUUUAAAGAUUAAAUAUAUAUCAAGGGUUUAGACGUACUAAAUUACCGGUAUUACCGAUAUCCGCUAGUGUUUAUAACCACAUGGUGUUGGCCAGAUGAAUGUAACGACAUUUUCCAAACGAGAUGCGAGCACAGUGCUCAACCACUUUAACAUGAUGAAUAAACUUCUGUGCUUAAAGCAACAGUUUUGGAAAAACGUGUUUACUUGCUGAGAGUUAGAUGAGAAGAUCAAAACCACACUCAAAAUUGGGCUGCAACUAACGAUUAUUUUUCUCUAUUUAUCGUUCCGUCUAUAAAACGUCGAUCCCAGUUUCUCAAAGUCCAAGGUGAUGUUUUUAAAUGUCUUUUGUCCAAAACUCAAAGAUAUUUAGUUUAUUAUGAUAUAAAAUGGAGAAAAAAAUCUGGAAAUCUCCAUAUUUGAGAGGCUUUAA